AUGAAAAAAGGUCGCCUGACGCAGGCAUUUGAACGAAAUCAUGAACUGUUUUAUAACAAUAUAUCUGAUCAGCAAAUACCAGUCAUACUGUAUGUUGGCCAUUGUGAAGAAGACGAUCCACUGGAUACAUGGAUCAAAGAGCAAGUUAGUGCUGAUUCUUUGAAAUUAUAUAAUUUUUGUCAGAUUAUAUGUGAUACAGCUACUGCUCUUCAAACUGGAAAAGUUUGA